CUUUGAGGUAUCUACCACAUCCAUACGGACCAGUCGAUAACAUCACUAUGCGUGCCUAUUACUUCGAUGACAUUCCAGGCGACAAACGGCUGCUGCACGAUUCCGGAAACCCUGUGUCAGACAAUAUCCUGAAAUCUAUCGGAGUACUGCACUGGCACAUCCCGACCAGCCAACAGGAUCAGAUUGAUACUGUUGCAGAGGAAAGAAGCUACAAGAACAGAGACACUAUUACAAUCACAAAGCAAGGCCUUGGAGAUCUAUACGAGGCCAAGUUAAAGAGCUUCUAUGAAGAGCACAUGCAUGAAGACGAGGAGAUAAGAUAUAUUCUCGAAGGUAGCGGCUUUUUUGAUGUUCGAGAACAUCCCUCAGAUUCAUGGAUUCGUUGUCAGCUAGACGCGGGCGAUCUCUUGGUUCUCCCCGCUGGCAUCUACCAUCGAUUCACUCUCGAUGAGAAUAACUCGAUCAAAGCUUUGCGUCUCUUCAAGGAUGAGCCCAAGUGGACUCCUCUCAAUCGCGGCGGCUCGACAGAUGUGAACCCUUACCGUGUCGAUUAUUUGAAGAGUCUAGCUGUCAACUGAUUGAAGCGGGUAAGAAGUCCAGUCUUUCCCAUGGGGAUGCACCCAGGGGGAUAUACCAGAGGUCUAUGUAAAGGAGAAUUGUGUAACAAUACGAGUGGAGGUAUCAUCGUCAUUGCUGAGAACUUUCCAGAAGGCACACCUUCUUGCUGGCAAUUGCGCGUCACAGCCUACUUGCAUAGACGAGAACGGUUGAGUCGCAGAAACCGAUUGGUGCACCACAAUGCACGAUGUGGCACACGAAUGUCCUUAAACCGCGACAUCAACGAAAGUUGGCGAUGACACAGGCCGAGAUGGAUUUCUUAACAUCUUACCGACUUUGUCAAUCGUGCUGGCUUUUUUGGUAGCGGGAAUGACUGAUGUAGGACGAGUAAUGGUCCAGAAACCUCACAGAAUGUUUGCCUGCUAUACGUACUGACUACGCUGCAAGCCCUGAAUUUAGUGAUAAGUUGUGUGGAGAGUAGAGUUAUGUAAAUUCCC